AUGUCACUUCAUCAUGUCAAAACAAAUAAAUAUAAAGGUUUUUAUGAUUCUUAUGCAUCACCACCUGCAACAAAAGAAAUUUCAAAAUAUUCUUUAAAAGAAGAGUCAAAUAAACCAGAAGUUAUUAGAGAUUUAAUAAUUGAUGAAUUAUUAUUAGAUGGUAAUGCAAAACAAAACUUGGCCACAUUUUGUCAAACUGAUCUUGAUAAAGAGAUUCAUGUAUUAAUGGAUAAAUGUAUUGACAAGAAUAUGAUUGACAAGGAUGAAUAUCCACAAACUGCUGAAAUUGAAAGUCGUUGUGUUCAUAUUUUAGCGGAUUUGUGGAAUUCACCAGAAAGUUCUGAAACUAUUGGUUGUUCAACUACUGGAUCUAGUGAAGCUGCAAUGUUGGGUGGAAUGGCUUUGAAAUGGAGAUGGAGAGAAAAUAGAAAGAAACAAGGUAAACCAUUUGAUAAACCAAACAUUGUAACUGGUCCAGUUCAAAUUUGUUGGCAUAAGUUUGCACUAUACUUUGAUAUUGAAUUAAGAGAAGUACCAAUGGAACAUGACCGUUACAUAAUGACACCAGAGGAAGCCAUAAAACGUUGUGAUGAAAAUACCAUUGGUGUAAUUCCAACAUUGGGUGUAACAUUUACACUACAAUAUGAAGAUGUUAAAGGAAUUUCAGAAGCUUUGGAUAAAUUUGAAAAAGAAACCGGACUUGAUAUACCAAUUCAUGUCGAUGCAGCAAGUGGUGGUUUCGUUGCACCCUUUCUUCAACCAGAAAUUGUUUGGGAUUUUAGACUACCACGUGUUAAAUCAAUUAAUGGCUCUGGUCAUAAAUUUGGUCUAUCUCCAUUGGGAGUUGGCUGGGUCGUAUGGAGAGGUAAAAAUGACAUUCACAAGGAUUUGGUAUUCGAUGUCAACUAUCUUGGUGGCAAUAUGCCAACAUUUUCAUUGAAUUUCUCACGUCCAGGUGGUCAAAUAGUAUGCCAGUACUAUAACUUUUUGCGCCAUGGUCGUAGUGGAUAUACCGCAGUUCAUCAAGCUUGUCUAGAUCAUGGUAUUUUCAUUUCCAAGCAAGUUAAAAAACACGGUAUUUUUGAUAUUGUUUAUGAUGGUACUGGUGCACUUCCAGGUGCAUGUUGGAAAUUGAAAAAAGAUGCAAAAGUAAAAUUCAAUCUCUUUGACCUUUCAGAUAGAAUGAGAAAUAGAGGUUGGCAAAUUGCAUCCUAUACUCUACCAAACUUACCAGAUAUUGUAGUUCAAAGAGUAUUAAUUAGACAUGGUUUCAGUCAUGAUAUGGCAAUGCUCUUAAUUGAAGAUUUCAAUCGUAGUAUUGAAUAUUUUGAUAAACAUCCAAUGGUUCAAAGUAUUUCAAAAGAUGAAGGUCAAUCAUUCCAUCAUUAA